UUUGACAAGGAAACUUUCGUCCACGCAAACCGAACUUUUGCCCGCUCCGCCUCCCGCUCGGCUCCAGUAUUACUUCUCGUCUGGUUCACCUGCAAAGACAAUAUAAGAGCUUUCUUAUUCCUUUGCCUUUUCCUGUUCCAGUUCCUGGGUUUCCUUCUACUUCUCGACAAGCCCUCCCUCUGUCGUUUAUCUGUCUCUCUGGGUUCGGUGAAUUCCAGGGGAUACCUAUUUGGGCGCUGUCCACUCGAUAGUUCCUAGGGCCGUUUCGUUCGGAGCUCUUGCGUUGCUGGGUCGCGGAACUUUGUUUCAGCAAUUGUUCCUGGGGGAUGGACUGGUUUCCUUUGCAUGCUCUAUGCAUCUGUGAAUGAUGUUCAGUGGGCAGACGAACUCUAAUACCCUCAGGAAAUUUAAUUGGAGAUGGCAUGAGGACUCCACUUUGACAGCAGGCUUGCUUAAGGAUGUGGCACCAGAGAUUGAGCUGUCUGGUUAUGGAAGGAUACCAAGUCCUGGUAGUGAAAGCCCUUCUGGGCUUCUUAAUGGUGAAAGCUUGAACGUGGAGCCAAUUGCUGAUCUGGACUUGUUCUUUGAAAGGCUUUACAGCUAUUACUGUGAGAAGGGCCUUUGGUGCAUUAUUAUAAAAUGGAUAGUUGAGCUUCUGAGCCUUGGUUUCACCAUCUGUUUCUCGGGAUUUUUCUUACUUUAUGUUGACUGGAAUGGUCUACGUAAUGCAAAGUGUGGAAUGGAUGCAGUUGAAUCUGGAACCAAGCCUUGCGACCUUGCAAAAGAAGCUCUUCAUGAGCACCCAUUAACCCCCUUGACUCUAUCAAAAGCCAUAAUUGUUGGAUAUUUGGGAUUGUUUUCCAUCUAUCUGGUCUUCUGUUUCUUCAGGUUUUUCUCUCAGUUGAAGGAGACCCUUAGGAUCCGUCAAUUCUAUCACAACAGUCUUCAUGUGACAGACAAGGAGAUCCAAACUAUGCCAUGGGCAACAGUUCUUGAGAAAAUUGUCCAACUGCAAGCCUCACAACAACUAUGUGUGGUCAAAGACCUAUCAGCUCAUGACAUGGUCAUGCGGUUGAUGCGGAAAGAGAACUACUUGAUUGGGAUGCUCAAUAAAGGGGUACUUGCAUUCCCUAUAUCACAAUGGGUUCCAGGUGCUGGGCCAACAGUCAAAUUUGGUCCAGAUGGAACUCAGUAUCGUUUAGUUCUCACAAAGACUCUUGAAUGGACCUUAAACUGGUGCAUACUGCAGAGCAUGUUUGAUCGAAACUUCUGUGUUAGGAUGGACUUCCUUUCGAAUCCUAAAACACUAAAAAAGCGACUUAUGGUUGUGGGGCUUGCAAUGCUUCUGCUUUCGCCAUUUCUUGUUAUAUUCAUGUUAGUAUAUCUCUUCUUGCGACAUGCUGAGCAGUUCUAUAAUCAUCCUGGCACAGCAUCAUCUAGACGGUGGUCAAAUUUGUCAAGGUGGAUGUUCAGAGAAUUCAAUGAGGUUGACCAUUUGUUCAAGCAUCGAAUCAACAGCAGUAUAGUGCAUGCUUCAGAAUAUCUAAAACAGUUCCCAUCUCCUAUAAUUUCAAUUGUUGCAAAGUUUAUCUCAUUCGUAUCUGGUGGAUUUGCUGCUGUCCUGCUGAUCAUUGCAUUGGUGGAGGAAUCUUUACUCGAGGGCCAUAUUUUCGGGCGCAACUUGUUUUGGUAUGCUGCUGUUUUUGGAACUAUAACAGCUAUCAGCCGGGCUGCAGUGACUGAUGAUCUCCUAGUUCUCGAUCCGGAAGGAACAAUGGCUGUGGUGGUACAGCAUACUCAUUAUAUGCCAAAGAGGUGGCGGUGCAAGGAACAUACUGAGACAGUUAGAAUAGAGUUUGAAACCUUAUUUCAGGUAGUAUGAGCCUAUUAUCCGAGCUCAAAUAAUAAAGUCAACUGUAGUGCUCUCUUCUCUUGCUUUCAUAUUUGACCGAGCUCUAAGUUGGUUUGUCCAUCCUGGGGCUUUUACGUGCUGCAGUAUACUGGUAUGAUGUUACUUGAGGAGAUGGCAUCGAUAUUUCUCACUCCACUCUUGCUUUUAUUUGUUGUACCAAAGCAAGUUGAUGACAUCUUGGAGUUCAUAUCAGAUUUCACAGUGGAUGUCCAGGGUGUAGGCCAUGUUUGUAGUUUUAGUGCCUUUGAUUUUCUAAAUCAUGGCAAUAGCAACUAUGCUUCUCCCUGUAAUGCACCUCGCACUCAAAGGAGUUCUCAGGGAAAGAUGGAAAAAGCAAUGUUGAGUUUCAAGAGUAGCUAUCCUUCAUGGGAACCAAAUGCUCAAGGGAAACAAUUCCUGCUAAAUCUUCGGAACUUCAGGGAGCAGAAGCUGCAAGGUCCAGGAAUUAGACAUAUGUGUCAGCAUCCUCAAUUGUUACGAGGCAGCCCCCUAAGACUUAGAAGUGCGGAGGAGAGAAACACGACCUUUUCUCGGGGUGCGCCAUAUUAUACUGCUAGAUUUCAGUUGGAUUCCUUAUGGUUGAUUGAUGUUGAUCAAAAGAAUCAUCAUCCAUAUCUUCUGGAUUGGUACUAUAUGGCCCAACACCACAAUUCGAUGAAUGAUAAUACAAGAGAAGAAGAAUGUACUGUACAACUUGAUGUGAAUGAGCAACAAAUCGAAGAUAUCUGGAACCCUUCCAAUUUGGCACAGGGUGGUGUUGCAAGAUACGAUCAUGAAGACUACUGGGGUGCUCAGCAUGUGGAUGAUCGACUGGGCUCUCAUCUGCAGGCUUCCACGUCUGCUCCAUUCUUUCGGGAGAGUGUGAUCCGGCAUCACGAUUCCACUCACGGUGCUGUUAAUCCUGGUGGAAGCCAUUGGUGGUCCAGAAGCAACUUGCAAGGACGACAGCCGCAGGCAAGUUUCCUGGAGCCCCCUGAUUUCAACAGAUUUGCUCGUGGUAAUCAGUUUGAGAAUUUAUCGGAAAGAAGCAUGGAGGAGCAAGAACAGGACUUGGAGUUAAGGAAUUCAUGUAGUGCGUCCAGGACUACUUACAUGUAUGAUGAUGACAUUGAAGCUGGAGGAAGGAAUUUGAGUCUCCAUUUUGAUGAAGUUUAUGCCAGCAGACCUGAAACUAGAACUAUAGAUCAAGACCAUGAAGACCCACCUAGCUUUUAAAGAAAAAUGAUACUUUCUUCAGUCUGAAUAGAAGGUUCUAUGUUCAGAUAUAUGGAAUCGUAGUGGACUUGUGCAGAUUUAGAUUUAAUUGUUGUACAUAAGAUUCAUUUUUAAGGUAGCUUCCUCCAGUCAAUUUUAGGAGUUGGCCACUUCAUUGUGAGUCACCUUCUGAAACUGUAAAGACUAAAGGCGAUCCAAUUGAAAUCCAGCGGAGAUUCGUUGAAUCUUCUGUUAACAUCUGCUUGGCCAUGGCUGCAAAGUAUUGUUAUGGGGCAUAAGAUAGUCAUUAUUGUUAUGGCCUAUGGUAAUAAAAUCACGUUAUUUAGCGAAA